AUGGAUACAAGUGGCGACACUAAAUGGACUUCGACUGUCACCGAGAGCGAGGCCCAGGAGCGGAUCGAUCUCGGCGUUUCACCUAGUGACGAGAGGUGGAGUGUCACGUAUCGGAUGUUUGAACAUCUCUUUGCAGAUGAAGAUACGCCGAUUGGUGAAAUUUUAGCCUCCAAGUUCACACAACAUGAGAUCCGUCUAUUCAUGCUAUCUGCGUCCAAAGUCUUGAAGGCUAUACAAGACGAUAACACAGCUCGAUUCAACGCACUGCUACAGACAAGACUUCAAGAUGCUGCACCUGAAAUCAUCACAAAAUUGACGAUGUUGUAUUUUGGACUUCCCAUUGAGCCAAUCGACUUCUCAUUGACCGACAUGACCUAUAAAAUGGAGAUUCGAGAGCCAGAUUCUCCGCAAAGUGUCGGUGAUCGGCCUCUACAGUUCUUAACAGCACACAAGCAACGUAAUUGGGGAGGCGAGAGUCUUCUAAAGAAAGAAGAUCAGUCACAUCCUCUAACCACCCAGCUACCGCAAAAACUGCUAUCGAGUCUCUUCGCCGACAUUUUCAGCUAUGCACCGCUUCAGAGAGGCAUACUUAAGCAAGAGAGCGAAAAUACAAUGUUGCGCCUUAGAGGAGGUGAAUUAGACGAGGAUAACGAUUGGGAACUUCCUGGCGAUAACAGCGACUGGGAAGAAGAUGAUGGUGACGACAGCUACGUCGCAAGCAGCAGUGGAGAUGGCAGUGAAGAUGUUGACGCAAAAGAAGGCAAAGCGAAGAAGGCACAAAGCCGUCAAACAAGCAAAGUAAAUGACAAAGUUGACAGCGAUACGGCAAGCGACGAUGAAGCAGGCGACAAUGAAGCAGGAGGCGAUGAAAAAGGUGACGCUGAAUGUAAUGGAGAUUCUGCACGUGUACUUCCAGACUCUGAGCGGGACAACUUCAUAACUCUUUAUGGCUACCAGGGAUCUGUGGCUUUUGUCCCAGGAAGUCAACCGACAUAUGAGGAAGCCAUUAGGAGAUUGCUAUCCCUCGGACCUCAGGAUACAACAACAUUUUACAUUCUGCAUUUUGCCAAGAAUGGCAGCUUCGUCCACGAUAUUUCCGACACUUUUCCUUUGAACGCCGGCAGCGCAUCUCUGAAAUACAUCUCUAAACAGGAUCUCACAUUACAACCUUCAUUCUUCAUCAAGUUGGGAGAUGAAGAUUUUCCUGACCACUGGGAGCCUAGCGAGGCACAAUUGACCUGCGAAGUCUCCAGAGUCAUAUGGAAUCAUCAUGAUGGUGAUGCUCUAGAGCCAGCUCCAGAGUCAACUGGUCCCAUGUCAUGUUGUUACCUGGAGUUUCCGACGCCUGACUAUUUCCCUACAUCUCGAGGAAAAGUGAACAGUUGGAAUUUCGAUCAAUACAGCGCUUAUGUCAGAGCAGCCUUUGAAGUUGUAUUGGGCCCUCCUCCGGGCCCAUUUCAUCACGCUCUUUUCCACAUGUACCACCCGAGUAUUGGCUACAGCACCUCUCCAGAAUAUGGGUUUCCAGCAAUCAAGAAUUCGGACAUGAAUAAAGUGUCUAGCUUCCUCGGCGAAGAUACGUUGGAACUGAGAUGCACGAGACUUGAUGACAAAAACGAUAUUGCCUUUUUUCUGCCGAGCUAUUACAACAACGACAGUCGCCUAGGACGCAUCUCGCGCAGCAAAGACAACAUCGGCGAGGCACUUGAAAUCAUCCAGCAGAUAAUGUCGUGCGCUUUUGGUGAAGAAACGCAGCGUCUGCGACAUGUCCGCUUGCUGCACGGCGGCGAUACAUUCGGACCAGAGACCAACAGGAACCAGAAGCCUUAUUCUAUUCAGCUGCAUGAUGACGGCUCUGAGAAUUCCAAGACUAACAAUGCUUCUGUCUUAUCCGAUUUCUUUGCUGAUGGAGGUGCUUUUGCCCUUCUAUAUCCAGAGUGGGAGGAAGACACCACUUCUCUCUCUAUUGUAGAGCCUAAUGGACACAGUGAAGCCGAAUCCUGCGUUCAGAUACCUCCGUUAUCUUCCACGGUGGAAGAAUUUAGGAACCGAGUGUUUGAGCUCAUGCAACUCACAGGAUAUGCGCAAAGCCACGUCAUGCGUGUGAAGAAUGGUAAAUCCUUUAUAAGCAUUCAGCCUUUACCAGAGUAUGGGUCUAUACUUGGCGAGGAAAAUGCUCCGUGUUUGUUCAUCGGAUCCAACACCACAGACGAAGAGUGGUUCAAAAUUCGCGCCAGAAUUGCUACCCCUAAAGCAACCGUCAGAAUCAUGUAUUCUGGGAAGUGGAACUGGAAUUGGGGAGCUGAGGGCCAAAAGACUUGCGUCUGGGGCCCGCGAUAUGGACGCAUGGCAGAGCUUCAAGCUACGAAGCAGCAAAAGAAGGUCAGCUGGGCUGAGGAGGCGGAAGUAAUCCCAGACAGCGUUACUCCCGAAUCGCUUGAUUCAGAUCAUACAAUGGCAUCAUUAGAAGACGAUGAGCCUGUGGAAACUACCCAGUUAGACUGGGCUCAACUUCAGUCUCGCAAGACAAAAGCAGCAAGCGAAAGUGAAAAUCGGCAAAAGACAUACGCAACACAGCCCAGCAUCUUCGAUCGUUACGGAUUGGUCCCUUGGCCGGCCAACUCAGGUAUUCAAAUUCCAACAAACGCACCACCCUUGGAACCCAUGCUCCGUACAGGACCUCGAAUGCCUCUGGUGAGCAAAGCCAUAUUGACACCCACAGAGCAAGGAGAGCUCCAACGGGUCACUUGGGACUUACGAAACCUCUGCUUAAAUCGGGCAUUGAGAUGUCCGUAUGAUGGCUGCACUUUCGCCUACACACUGAAUGACGAAGAUGCCAUGAGGAAGCAUCUAAAGUCAUGCCAUACAGCACGGAAGUGUAUGUGGUGUGACGAAACGCUAUACGAACACUGGGACACGGCAAGAAUUAAUCUUCAUAUCAGAGAGAAGCAUAAAGAUGAGCUCAUGGAAGCACUCGGAGUCAGCCAAGCAGCAAUCCGGCGAUUUGACAAGGAAGGAACCAUCUCCAUACCGCUCAGAAGGGUCCAAAAGUGCCUUGGGCGUUCAGCCUUGGCUUUGGCGUCUGGACAUGCAGUUUGCGAGACACACAUUUCCCCAGAAGCUCCAAGUGACAAAAUUUGGGGAUUCUGUGAUCGUUGUGGCCGUAACAGAACCUACUACAACAACAUUGAACGAAUAUACCACUACGCUCACUGUUUGCCGGGCAUUUUCAAUGGCGCAAACUGCACAUUCUGUACCGUCUGCGGCAAAUCCGUCUGGCCAAGCGCAGCAGAAGCCCACAAGAGCGGCAAAUCCAACGGACAGUUAUCCCAUUGCUCGCAUAAUGCGGAUGACACAAACGGCCCUCACUGUUCUGGCUGCGGAUUUAACAUGUCUCGUUUGCCACAGAAUGGACGCGACCAACAUCAGAAAAGAUGCAGGGGCUUUAGUGCCUUGUCUGGUCGAUUUUGUCUCUAUUGUGGUGAAGAGUUCAGAAAUACAGAGACUCAGGUGGAUUGGAAUCGGAACAAAGAUCAUAUGAUUGCCUGCUACAGAGGGAACCCGAAGGCGAUAAGCAUGCUCGAAGAUCCAGAAGAGGCAGCUUUCAAGCAGCAACAGAAUAAUCUUCGAUUCCAGAUAAACACAGCCGCUCUUGCCUAUGAAGAAGAGCAAGGACAAAAUGGAAAAGACGGAGGCCUAGAUCGUGAUGAGGAUGAACAGCCAAGCCAAAAUGAACCAGUAACAGGGUCCCAGGCGACAAAACAUGAUCAAGAGAUGGCGGAUUCUUCAGCUGAAAACACUAGCACCGUACUGGAAGAAACAGUUCAAGAGACAGCAGCUAGUCAAGAUGCUCCUCAGCUUCCGAUUCCUGGCUCAGACACUUAUCGUCAUAGCCAAGAAACUCUCAGAACCAUUCUCCGCCAAAGUAUUUCUGACACUCCAGAUGACGAACAAUCUCUUAGACCUUCUACGGAAGCCCCUGAUAACACACUGCAACGAAAGUCUUUGAGUAUUAGUCCAACUCGGCAGCCAAGCCCGGCUCAGCCAGCGGAAGAAAACGAAAAGGAGCCUGAAUUUGAAACUGGCGCUGAAUCUCCUCUCUUUGUAAGUUCCAGCUCUUCAGAAGCCGGUUCAGACAACGGAUCGGUUUUUGGCGAGGACAAUGACAAAGACGCACAUGACUCUGCCGACGGAGAGUCUGAAGACGAGCUUUUGUCCGAUCCCUCAAAAUCGAAACGCCGAAAGCCAAGAGGAAGGACACGCACAAGAGAGGGCGACCGCAACUACCAGGCUGAGAGAGAUGACGAUGAUGACAGCGAGAUUGACGAAGAGGAGCUUUUAUCAGACCCUUCAAAGUCAAAACGCCGAAAGCCGAGAGGGAGAAAGCGCACAAGAGAGGACGAUCGCAACUAUCAGGCUGAGAGCGACGACGACGAUGACGACGAUAGCGAGAUUGACGAAGAUGGCCGACGUUCCAGGCUUCCUCAACGCUUACCAUCACCUGAUUGGAGUAAGAUACUUCCCAAUGACCCGGAUUUUGUGCCGUCGGAAGAGUAUUACUGCUCAAAGUGUUUCCGCAAAGCUCCCAAGAACCACAAACGAGACAGGUCCCCGCUCGGAAGAAAGAAUGAAAUUGAGCUUCAUCACGACCCUGGCCGAUGCUGUGGCAUCCGCCGUGGAAUCGGCUCAAUUGAAAGACUCCCCAACCGCAGCGGCUGGAUCCCAGCAAACCUCAUGCCAAAGCCCCUUUCCACUCUCCGCAAAAGGUUCCUGCGGCGAUACCCCGUGUAUGCGCGCACAAUUUACCCCCUCAACGCCACAAACGCCAACGGCACCUACUGGCGGUCAGAUCCAAACAAUGAAAGCAACAGUGCCUGGUGGAACAUCCCCUGGCCGGCAUUCAGAGGGCCGGCUCCUUUACCGAACGGCUGGGAAGCACCCGAUGUACUCGAUGUUCCUGCUGCUGGGAGAGCUCGCCAGCAGUUUCAACUGAAACCGGUGUCGGAUCCGACAUAUCGCCAGGGGGGUGAUGUCCAAUACUCGGAUGAGGAGGAUGUGGAUGACGUGGAAUCGGACAAGGAUGACAAUGGCAAGAGAAAGAGAAAGCGUAAAACGACUAUGGCGAAGAAAGUGCGGAAAAUCACUGCUAAUGUCGAGCCUGCCAAUGUUGAGCCUGCCAAUGUUGAGCCUGCCAAUGUUGAGAAAGCAACAGGGCCUCGACCAGUGAAGAAGAAGAUGCCGGAUCCGACAUAUCGGCAAGAUGACGUCCAGUACUCAGAUGACGAGAAUAUGGACGAUAUAGAGUCGGACAAGGACACUAACGGGAAGAGAAAGAGAAAGCGUAAAGUUACUACUGCGCCAGAUCCGACAUAUCGCCAGGGGAACAAUGUCCAGUACUCAGAUGAUGAUGUCGAGGGAGUAGAGUCGGACAAGGACACUAAUGGGAAGAGAAAGAGAAAGGCUAAAGCUACUACUGCGAAGAAAAGGCAGAAAACUGCUCUCAAUGUUGACACAGCAGCUGUGCCUCGGCCAGUGAAGAAGAGGAUGCCGAAGAAAGCGAAGUCGCAAGCAGCUUUAUUGAACAAAGACGAGCCGCAAGGUCAAGAGGGGGGAGUUGUCACUCGACGAUCGACGAGGAAGCGGCAAAAGACUACUAAGGAGUAG